UCUUUGUACAAGUAGCUACGCCACACCCUCUCUCUCUCUCUCUCCGUCUUUGUACAAGUAGCUACGCCACACCCUCUCUCUCUCUCUCUCUCUCUCCCCGUCUUCACGCCAAACUUGUACUACUUCCAAUUCAUCAUACAGGAUCAUAUUCAUCAUCUUCUUUCUACACCUACUGAUACUACAAAUCUACAAUCCUUCUAUCUCUAUCUAUAUUUUCAUACCAUAAAUAGAUGCAGACACAGAUUCUCCCUAUAUCUACCCGAUCUAUUGCCCAACCACCACCACCACCACAGUCUCCGUCCCCAUCGACAACCAUGCCGGAUUUAUCGUCAACCCGUCUUCUCAUUUCCCCACAGUUUGACGAAGAGAAAGCAAUUGAAGUCGAACCCUUUUUGCCUAGGGCUUCCUCGAGUUACACCAGCACCUCCGCCAGGAUUACCAAUUUCUACCAGAAACGGCGCCGUCGGAACCUCAGUGAGACCGACGGCAGUGCCACUGGCCGCAGCCACUCGUUUCGUGAGCGUGCAGCUUUCAAUUCCGAUUCCGAUAUGAUCAUGACUCGGCUUUGCGUCAACCUCCUCCGAUAUUUCGGGCUGGGCUGCAGAUUCAUCACAAGAUUUCUUGCCCUUGGCUGUUAUUCUUUCCUAAUUUUCCCUGGAUUGGUUCAAGUUGGGUUUUACUAUUUCUUCUCAAGUCAGGUCUGUAGAGGUAUAGUUUAUGGUGAUCAACCCCGAAAUAGGCUUGAUCUGUAUUUACCAAAAGAAAGUGAUGGCCCAAAGCCAGUUGUUGCAUUUGUUACUGGUGGAGCCUGGAUAAUUGGUUAUAAAGCAUGGGGUUCUCUGUUAGGGAAACAGUUAUCAGAAAGAGACAUUAUAGUGGCCUGCAUAGAUUACAGAAAUUUCCCUCGGGGGACUAUGAGUGAUAUGGUAAAGGAUGCUUCUCAAGGUAUCUCAUUUGUGUGCAAUCAUAUUGCUGAAUAUGGAGGUGAUCCUAACAGGAUUUACUUAAUGGGACAGUCAGCUGGUGCUCAUAUUGCUGCUUGUGCUCUAUUGGAGCAGGCAGUUAAAGAGGCUGGUGAGGGCGAGAGCCCUUCCUGGAGUGUGUCGCAGUUGAACGCUUAUUUUGGUUUAUCUGGAGCGUACAAUCUGUUUAACCUAGUAGAUCACUUCCACUGUCGAGGGUUUUACCGCUCAAUUUUUGUGAGUAUAAUGGAGGGGGAGCAGUCUUUUCGACGAUUUUCUCCCGAAGUAAUGGUACAGGAGCCUGACAUAAAAAAUGCAGUCUCUCUCCUGCCUGCUGUUUUCCUUAUUCAUGGCACUGGAGAUUAUUCCAUCCCAUCAGAUGCCAGCAAGAAUUUCGCAGAUACUCUUCGAAGAGUUGGGGUUAAAGCUGAAUUACUGCUGUAUGAUGGGAGGACUCAUACAGACAUAUUUGUACAGGAUCCAAUGAGAGGUGGUAAGGAUCAAAUGUUUGAAGAUUUAGUUGCUAUCAUUCAUGCUGGAGAUUCAGAGGCCCUUGCUAAAGAUGCAAUCGCGCCUCCCAAAAAACAACUUGUUCCUGAAUUCAUGUUGAACUUAGCCAGCAGUAUCAGCCCAUUUUAGCUAUUCUUAUGAUGAACUUGCUGGUACAGGUACAGAUGCCUAAACCCGAGCUUUAUAAUGGUUUCAAAUUUUCCAUAUGUUUGAUUUUGUAUAUGCCCAAACAAAUAAUAUAAUUGAGUAAUAUUAUUAGUCAACUGCUAUAUUUCUCUC